ACGCUCAGAAUAAACUCUUUAUUUUAGAUUAGUUGAAACUAUAAUAUGAAUAUCGAAUAUCGAGUGAAAAAUAAAAAAAAAUCUAUAAACUUGAGUUGAAGAUUAUUUUAAAAAUAAUUUCCUAAUAUAAAUAGUACUAAAAAAUAUGCUUUUUGAUUACAGUAAUUUUUUUUCUUUAAACACAAAAGUAGAGAAGAGAGAGAGGGAGGGGGGAAGGGUGCUUUUAGAUGUUGUCAUAUUUUCUCAUUUUUAGGAUUACAAAGUCCAUUUUCUCUUUUUUAUCUUAAAAUAAUUCUUUGCUCUCUUCUUCUUCUUCUCUCUUCUUUCUCUCUCUUACAUCUUCUCCACCAUUCUUACAAGAAUACAUUUAAGGUGUUUGAGGAAGAGAAGGAGGAGUUAUCUAUAUAUUAUCUCUUCUUAUAAUUAUAAUUUUGUGGGUAAAAGGAGGUGUUUUGUUAAAGUAAAUAGGGGUCUUGGCGAAGCAGAUAUGAAUGUAAUGCGUCGCUUAAAGAGCAUUGCUUCUGGACGUUCUUCUGUUUCAGAUCCUGGUGGUGAUUCAAGCAUAAAGAGGGUGAAGGUUGAGCAAGAAGUAGAUCAAAGAGUGGUUGGUGAAACUCAAAUGGAUGAGAGAUGUCCUCCUACUGUUCCAAAAGAGGAUAUGGCUUCUACAUCUAAGGAAACAACUGCUGGAAGUACAUCAACAAUGGAAACUAGGCUUGAAAAUUCUGAACUUGAUGAGCUUCCUAAAGAAAUGCAUGAAAUGAAAAUUAAAGAUGAAAAAGCUGAUAAUCUAGAUGAUAAUUUACGGGAUAUGGAACCUGCUGUUGUUAGUGGAAAUGGAACUGAAACUGGUCAGAUUAUCGUGACCACUGUGAGUGGUAGGAAUGGACAACAGAAACAGACAUUGUCGUACAUGGCGGAGCGUGUGGUUGGUACUGGUUCAUUUGGAGUUGUCUUUCAGGCGAAGUGCUUGGAAACUGGUGAAUCUGUAGCCAUAAAGAAAGUCUUACAGGAUAGGAGAUACAAGAACAGGGAACUUCAGAUUAUGCGCACCCUUGAUCAUCCUAAUGUUGUUAAACUACGACAUUGCUUCUAUUCUACUACUGAGAAGAAUGAAGUCUACCUUAACCUUGUCCUGGAAUACGUGUCUGAAACUGUUUACCGAGUUUCAAGGCACUAUAGCAGAAUGAAUCAACACAUGCCCAUUAUUUAUGUGCAGCUAUACACAUAUCAGAUAUGCCGGGCUCUGAAUUACAUGCACGGCAUCCUUGGUGUAUGCCAUCGUGAUAUUAAACCACAGAAUCUUUUGGUCAAUCCCCACUCGCAUCAGCUCAAGCUCUGUGAUUUUGGGAGUGCAAAGAUGUUGGUUCCUGGAGAGCCCAACAUUUCAUACAUUUGUUCUCGUUAUUACCGGGCCCCUGAAUUGAUCUUUGGGGCUACCGAGUACACAACUGCAAUUGACAUGUGGUCUGCUGGUUGCGUUAUGGCUGAGCUACUUUUGGGACAGCCUCUUUUUCCUGGUGAAAGCGGUGUUGAUCAGCUGGUCGAAAUUAUUAAGAUAUUAGGGACACCAACCAGAGAGGAGAUUAGGUGCAUGAAUCCAAAUUACACAGAGUUCAAGUUUCCCCAGAUCAAAGCUCACCCAUGGCACAAGAUAUUUCAUAAACGAAUGCCCCCUGAAGCAGUAGACUUGGUCUCAAGGCUCCUUCAAUAUUCUCCAACUCUCCGCUGUACCGCUUUGGAAGCAUGUGCGCACCCUUUCUUUGAUGCUUUAAGGGAACCAAAUGCUUGCUUGCCAAAUGGGCGACCUCUGCCUCCCCUAUUCAACUUUACUGCUCAAGAGCUCUCUGGUGCGCCUGCUGAACUGCGAAAGCGCCUUAUUCCUGAACACUUGCGCAAGUGAAUUUUCUGAAGACAGUUGCUUAGGCUUUGUAAAUGGGUUUUCUUGAGAGGUUUAGUCGCCUGAUCUGCAUUACGUUGCUCCAGCAAGUGCAGCUGCUAAUCUUGGCCUUAGUAAUAUUUGAUGGAUAUCGACAUCAGAACAUGGGGAGCUAGUAACUUGCUAGUUGGUUUUGGAUGGAGGAAUAUAGCAGUGAGAAUCACGGGUGAAUUGUCUAGUCUAUAUAAACAUAUUAUGUCUUGUGCGUUUUCAGUAACCCCAGCAGUUUUAGAUGAGAGUUUUCAUCUGUUAAUUAUACCUUGUAGCAAUAUCUAGUUUGAGGGGUAUUCAUAAGAUUAAUGAGUUCUCCUUUUAACUGGAGUUAUAGAUGAAUUAUUAGGAUUUUUCUAUUCUUUAAAGUGCACCAUUUCAUCUCUUCUGGUUGUCCUGUAGGACUGUGAAAUUGCAUCUUGCUAACUAUAUUCACUAUUAAGAAAAAGGAAAAUCUUGAGGAGUC